ACUUUUCAGGAAUGUUACUUGCCUACAAUGGCAGAAGACAUUUUUCCACAGGCCAAAGCAGCGAUAAAGGAAACUGGCAAUUUUUAUGAAUGCCCUAAUGGUCAUCCCUAUUUCAUUGGAAAUUGUGGCAGGGCAGUGAUACAGACGAACUGUGCUGUAUGUGGCUCUGUUAUCGGUGGGAUAAAGUUGGUACUAGCAGCAGGGAACAAACCUGCCAGAACAACGGAUAAUACUGAACAGGGCAUUCCCUGGGCAACCCACAACACGUAGCAAUAUUCCAUCACCAGAGCGUUCACUCUCACCUGCUGCCUGCUGUAUUAUCAGAGCUAGAUGCCACUGUGCUCUGGUAUGGGUCAGCUGCAAUGACGACAGUGCCACUGGAGGACUGGUGGCACUGGUCAAGUCAGGUCUGACCAGUCCACAGGAACUCCCUGAGUUCUUCUGGGGUCACCUGGAGAGAGAUGUGCAGCUCCUGGCCACGGCUCUCGGGAGGAACCACGAGGAUGCUGCCAUUGUGGUUCAUCUUGUUCUGAGGAACAUACUCACCAUAACCCCUCCCACUGCUGCCAUUCCACUGAGGACUCUUGGGACGAGGGAUGUCCGCAGUCAGUGGGAAAACCAUUUCAGUGGGCUGUACAUCAACCCCAUUCUUGAGAAGUUGGAGACUGAGCUAACCGCUAUAAUGGCAACUAUUCUGAAUGAUGAUACACAAGAGCACAACCCCCUCUACUAUCUGGUGUAUGAGCGAUCACCUGUGAUUAAGGACAGUCUGGAGCUUCAUCUCUGGGGAUACAGACCUCGUAUUACCCUUGAACAUCUCAUAAGAUACAUGCAGCAGCAGAAGAAGAAGUUCCCCAUUCUGGAGAGUUUUGUUAAAAAUGAAGCUGUCCUACAAGCCACACAGUAUAUUCCGAAUAUAGUGAAACUGCAAAAGCUACUAUUUGAUGAAUUACACCACCGUAUUGACCGCAAGGUGGCCCAGCGACUGUCUAUGAAUGGGUUUAUACUGAAGCAACACACUGAGAGUGUACGAAAUGAGUAUCGCGAAAUGGUGUCCAGUGUACAGAAUGCCUGGGUCCUUGUUAGAGACCAACUUAAGGAGCAUGGCCAGUUAAAGGUUGAGGAUACAUACCUUCAGGAAGAGCUUCGGCUAAGCACACCUCUGGAAUACUUCAUUCCCACUACAACUGGUCCUGGAGCUUGCACAUUCUCCCUGCUCCACUACCUCUGCUAUGUUCACAACAACUUUAUUGACUGGUGUCGAGCCAAGAGCAAUAUUAGUUCAUGGCGAGAGCACAAGAUCCAGCUGGCCCACAUCCACAAGUGCCACCUCCUAGACUACCAGAGCCAGCUUCAGUCCAUCCUUCUCUCCCACUGCCACUACUCUCUCCGUGUGGGCCAGGGUCGAGAGGUCUCGUAUGACCUCCCAGCUUUGGAGAAAUGUAUCCUGGGCCGCUUCAUCCAUGGGAAACCUACUAUUGACAUCAAAAUAAUCCCUCAUGUUAGCUACCAAAAGGAUGUGUACACUGCAGCCAUGUUUAGUACUAUAAGAAAGAAAGUGUCUCCACAGAGGAAGCUGCGGUACAGAGUGCAACUGGACAUCUUACGGGAGUUGAGAUCUCCCGACAAACUGCGAAAGUCUCUAGAUGUUGUGGAGAUAGUGCUUGGAUUCCUCACAUCAGGAGGAGGGAAACCAAAGACUAGGCUCCUUGCCUACCUCAAGAAAUUGAAGAUGGAUAAAAGGUCCUUCAGUGACAAAGUGAAAGAGCACUGUAAUUUGGAGCAUAUUAUGUCCCUGUGGCAGACUUUGUCUGUUGGCCUGGCAAAAAGCAUCACUCUCAGUGAACAGGAGCAGAUCGAGCAGGGGCCAUUACAUACUCUGAACCACGAGCUGCUAAAGCCACUAACAGACACCCAGUGCAAAGAGCUAGACAGAGCUCUUCCCAAGGUUGAUCUGUCAGCUCUGCUGGGGACAUUGUAUGAGUUCAUUGAGACCUUCAUCAGACACAUUGACUUAAAGAAGAAAGACUGGGGUUUACUAGACACUCUACCCCCUCAUCUGGAAGCCAGCAACCUGGAUCCAUUACCAGAUCUUGAUGAGCUCCCUGAUGACAUCACCCUGGCUCAAACUGCUGCUACUUGGAAGUACAUCGUACAUUUCCAGGCCAAACAGAGGCAGCACUAGCAACGUUUCUGGACAAUAAUUUCCAUCUUUACAAAGUUAUUUUUUUCGUAGUGGUUUAUUUUUAGCACAAUAAUAUAGUGAUGUAAACGUAAAUUUUGCUUUAUGUAGAGUUACCUACUUGAUGUGCUUUAGUUUGUAAUGCUUAACUAGUUUAACCAUAUUUGCUUAUCUUUACCUUGUAUAUAACCCUCAUAGUCAUGUUUUUAGAUGUACUGUAUAGUCUCUGUUCGUACUUACAAGCAGCCAGAACCAUAUUCAUUGUAUGUGGGUGUGGUUCCAGAAGGAAAGGUCAUAGAGACCCUGGAUUCGCAAAAUGCUCAUACUGAUUGGAUUGACCAA